UUGUCCGAGUGGAAGCAGAAGUUCGAGGAGUCGCAGACAGAGCUGGAGGCCUCACAGAAGGAGGCCAGGUCCCUCAGCACCGAGCUCUUCAAGCUGAAGAACGCCUAUGAGGAGUCGCUGGAGCACCUGGAGACCUUCAAGAGGGAGAACAAGAACCUCCAAGAGGAGAUCUCGGACCUCACGGAGCAGCUGGGCGCUGGCCACAAGACCAUCCACGAGCUGGAGAAGGUGCGGAAGCAGCUGGACGCCGAGAAGCUGGAGCUUCAGGCCGCGUUGGAGGAGGCUGAGGCCUCUCUGGAGCACGAGGAGGGGAAGAUCUUGAGGGCGCAGCUGGAGUUCAACCAGGUGAAGGCGGACUACGAACGCAAGCUGGCCGAGAAGGACGAGGAGAUGGAGCAGGCCAAGCGCAACCACCUGCGGGUGGUGGACUCACUCCAGACCUCGCUGGAGGCCGAGACCCGCAGCCGCAACGAGGCCCUGAGACUGAAGAAGAAGAUGGAGGGCGACCUCAACGAGAUGGAGAUCCAGCUCGGCCAUGCCAACCGUGUGGCUGCCGAGGCCCAGAAGCAAGUCAAGACCUUGCAGGGGUACCUCAAGGACACCCAGCUGCAGCUGGAUGACGUGGUGCGGGCCAACGAGGACCUGAAGGAGAACAUCGCCAUCGUGGAGCGGAGGAACAACCUCCUGCAGGCGGAGCUGGAGGAGCUGCGGGCGGUGGUGGAGCAGACGGAGAGGGCCCGCAAGUUGGCCGAGCAGGAGCUGAUUGAGGCCAGCGAGAGGGUCCAGCUCCUCCACUCCCAGAACACCAGCCUCAUCAACCAGAAGAAGAAGAUGGAAGGGGACAUCUCGCAGCUGCAGGCGGAGGUGGAAGAGGCCAUCCAGGAGUGCCGUAACGCCGAGGAGAAGGCCAAGAAGGCCAUCACCGACGCAGCCAUGAUGGCGGAGGAGCUGAAGAAGGAGCAGGACACCAGCGCCCACCUGGAGCGCAUGAAGAAGAACAUGGAACAGACCAUCAAGGACCUGCAGCUGCGCUUGGACGAGGCCGAGCAGUUGGCCCUCAAGGGGGGCAAGAAGCAGGUGCAGAAGCUGGAGGCUCGGGGCAGGGAGCUGGAGAGCGAGCUGGAGGCCGAGCAGAAGCGACACGCCGAGAGCAUCAAGGGCCUCCGCAAGUCCGAGCGGCGCGUCAAGGAGCUCAGCUACCAGACGGAGGAGGACAAGAAGAACCUGCUGCGGCUGCAGGACCUGGUGGACAAGCUGCAGAUGAAAGUCAAGGCCUAUAAACGGCAGGCGGAGGAGGCGGAGGACCAGGCCAACACCAACCUGGCCAAGUUCCGCAAGGCGCAGCACGAGUUGGAGGAGGCGGAGGAACGCGCCGACAUCGCGGAGUCCCAGGUCAACAAGCUGCGGGCCAAGAGCCGGGACAUCGGGGCCAAGAAGCUGCACGAUGAGGAGUGAUGCCCCGCCGCCGCCGCCACGACUGACCCCAACCCCUCCCUCAUCCAAGAUGGGGGUCCCUAACGAUGUAGUUAAUUAGUUAAUGACCCCGUGGAAGGACCCGGGUGUCCGGGAGGGACGAGGGACACAAUGUCUCCUCGCCCACGCCACCCCAUGAAGCCCAUGAGCACGGAGAAGCA